GUGAUCAAGCAGACCAAUCAUGUGCCUCAGCCCAACAGCCCGGCCAAUCGGGCGCACUGGCACCUCCUCACCUGCAUGAGCUGCACCUUCCUCCCCAGUCGCGUUAUCCUCCGAUAUCUACGCUUCCACCUGAAGAGGGUUCGCGAGCGUUACCCCAGCACGGAGAUCGAGCGCUACGCCGCUUUCAUCGGGGAAUCCUUGAAGAAGACCAAGACUCGCGAGUUUGUGCCCUCCCAGGAGGAGAUCGCCGCCUUGCUUGUGAGGCAGGAGAUGAGCACCACUGUUUACUGCCACGGGGGAGGAUCCUGCAAGAUCUCCAUCAACUCGCACACCACUGCUGGAGAGGUUGUGGAGAAGUUGAUCCGAGGGUUGGCCAUGGAGGACAGCAAGAACCUCUUCUCUCUUUUUGAGCACAAUUCUGUGACCGAUCGAGCUUUGGAGAGCAGGGUCAUUGUGGCAGAUGUCCUUGCAAAGUUUGAAAGGCUUGCUGGCAGUGAAGAAGAGGAGGAGGAAGGAGAAUGGAAGCUAUAUUUCAAGCUCUACUGCUUCUUGGAUGUAGAGAGCAUGCACAAAGAAGGAGUGGAGUUCGCCUUCAUGUUUGAACAGGCCCACGAGUCUCUCAUCAGCGGACACUUCCCGGCGUCCGAGGAGACUUUGCAGCACCUGGCCUCUUUACGUCUGCAGUAUCUCCACGGCGACGGGGCGGGCCGGGCCGGCUGGAGUCUGGGCACCGUCUACCCCAUCGGACGUCUCCGGAGCCGUAUCAUACACUCCACCAAGCCGGGCGUGGGCUCAGCGAGCGCCGCGGUGGGAGGAGGGACGGCGGACGGUAAGGCAGCAGCGGGAGGAACGGGCGGCGUUGGCGGUGCAGUUGAGAAACGCAAAACGCCGAGCUUCCUGGACGGCACGCUGAGGAGGAGCUUCAAGACAGGCUCGCUGAAGAAACAGAAGGUGGAAGAGGAGCAGAUGCUGGAGAUGUGGGUGAAGGAGGAGACGUCGGCCACGCGCACCAGCGUGCUGGAGAAGUGGACGCGGCUGCAGGGCAUGGCGCAGCACCAGGCCAUGCUCAAGUACAUGAGCAUCAUCAAGGAGUGGCCCGGUUAUGGAUCGACUCUCUUCGACGUGGAGUGUAAGGAAGGUGGUUUCCCUCACGAUCUGUGGCUGAGCGUUAGCGCGGAUAACGUCUCGGUGUACAAGCGAGGUGAACCCAAACCGUUGGAGACGUUCCAGUACGAGCACAUCACUUUCUUCGGUGCCUCACAGCUCUACACCUACAAGAUCAUCGUGGACGAGAGGGAGAUGUUCUUUGAGACGCCACUG